GUGCGCGGUUUGUUUUACGCCUGUGAAUUACGCGACCAAUCAGAUGCUCGGAAUCGCCGGGGGCGGGGCUUGUGCUUCACUAGCUCGGUCUCGUUCCCCCUGGAGCUCUGUGAGUCCGUGAGCAGGCCGGUCAUGGCGUCAUCUUCGGAGGAAAGCAGGUUUGUGGAUGAUCUGAAGAGGAGACGCGUGAACAUCAGUCUGAUCGAUACUCAGAUCAGCGGCGUGAUCCAGCGCGUGACUCAGAGGAGGAGCGUUCUUUUAGAGGACGUUUAUGAAGUGAAAAGCGGGCGGAAAUUCCCGGGCGUCAAGAUCAUUUUCGGACACGAAAUUCUUAAAGGUAAACUGCUGAAUUUCCCCAAUCCGGAGAAGCUUGCUCCUGAAGAAUCCCACACGCACUCCUUCAGGAAGAAGACUGCAGAUGAUGUUCUCGAGGACGGUGUGCAUUCUGUGCUGAUCGAUGAGCUUCAGGAGAAGUUUGGCCCUGCAGUUAUGCACAUCCAAGAACAGAAAGUUAUUGGCAUCAGUGCUGAAGUGUUUGGACCGACUGCACAAGAGAGACUUUGCUGGCUGCAGGUAGCCACUAAGAAGGUGGUGUAUCUGUUUGAUAUCCUCCUGCUCGGCGGACAAGCUUUUAAAAACGGCCUGUCCAUGAUCCUGGAGAAUCGGCACAUCCUGAAGGUGGUUCAUGACUGCCGCUGCAUCACUCGCUGUCUGAGAGAAGAGUUCAGAGUCCACCUCACCAACGUCUUUGACACACAGGUGGCUGAUCUCAUGCUCUUCUAUAACGAGACUGGAGGCUUCCUGCCGGACCGGGUCGGCUCUCUUCAGGAGGUGCUCAGACUCCACCUCAAGCUCCCCCCCGCUGACCUUUCACCCCUGUGCUCCAAAGAGCUCCAGCGCAAGGAGUGUCCGGAGCUGUGGUACAUCCGUCCGUCUCCACCGGCUCUGAUGACCGUCAUGAGCGCUUCUGUCCGUCAUCUUCUCCCGCUGCGCCUCGUGCUUCUGGACGCUCUGAUGUCAGAUUACACCAUUCUGGUAGAUGCAUAUAUGAGCAGCUACCACAACCAGUCUGUUCACAUUGAGCAGAGCGAGUGGACGCUGCCCGCUGAAGCUCAGGAGCUGUCGUCUGUGAGGCAGGAGCGGAUGGACUGGGCCACUGGACGAUACGAUCUGACCGAGGACGGCCUUCUCAAACGCUCCAGCUUCAACACACAGACCCACUCUACCUCCAACUCCAGAUGAAACUCUGGCCAUAGUUCAGUUAGUUAGGUUAAAAACCUGUGUUCAGUCUGAUACAGUUAGAAAAGCACUCUUGUUUUUGAGCAGUUUGUUGAAUUUAUUUGGC